GAGCAAACGGAGCAUCCGAAACCUAACCUCUGAAACGUGGCCGUGAUCAUAGUUCGAUCCUGCGAGCAAUUUUCGAGGCCAUUUAACCCUUUCGACGGAGCGCGCGCGUGUGUACGAGUGGCAAAUAAUCGUGACAUUUGGCGCGUGCUUCUGGAUGUUGCAUGUGAUAAUCGUUCUCUGCUUCUUUUGACGAUUGACGUGUACAUACAUACAUGAAUUCGAUAUAGUCAUUGGAACCGCUGGACAAAUAACCUAGAGAUAGGUAGUUCGCAUGUUUCACGUAUGCCGCGAACAAAGGUUGAAAUAUAAAUAUAAUUCUGGUGAGUUUUUUUUAUCUGAUUAUCUGAUGCAAAAAUGACACUCGUGUUAAUUUCGAAAAUGCAAAUCGGCAAAGAAACACUGCAGCAAAAUUGAAUUCAUAGUUCAACAAGAUAAAUCAUGGCGUCUUUAUUGGGACUCGUCAUGUGACAUUGCACAACACUUUUACAUUUUCGGGCUUUCCAUUUGAAAAGAAACCAAUGAAAUCAACGAAGGAAAACGAUUCUUCGGGAAACCAACUAAAAGAUAGGAAUGGAAAAGAUAAUAGUCAUGAUGACAACACCGAUGAUAUACGAGACAAAAUGAAGAAAGUGGACGUGAAAACAUCUUCUCCUACGAGCCUAUUAGCUAGGAAUACCUUAAUGCUACCUACUGGCGUCAUUAAACCGAAUCAAAGUGAGCAAGUGAAAGCAAAAACGAUGUCAUCGUCCGGAUCCGCUACCGGAAACCCCCGGAAUAAGACGGCCUUAGCACCAGGGCAUAGUUUAAUGGAUUGGAUCCGUCUGGGUAAUUCGGGAGUCGAUUUAACCGGAGUCGGUGGUGUACCACAAGUCGUAACGUUAUCCGAGCUUGCUAAUCAUAACAAGCAAACGGAUGCUUGGAUCGCAAUCCGAGGGGUGGUAUUCAACGUUACGCGUUAUAUGGAUUUUCACCCAGGUGGAGUCGACGAAUUAAUGAGAGGUGUCGGAAAAGACGCCACGAAGUUAUUCGAAAACGUGCACGCUUGGGUGAAUUAUCAGAGUAUUCUACAAAAAUGCGUCGUAGGCCGAUUAUGUCGCGGAACUUCCUCCACGUCGAGCACUUCCUCUGUAUUGGAAAAGUCAGUAACGGAUGCGAGUAAUUGUUUGCCCGUGACACUGGGUCGAAGCAAAUGUUCUAAUGCACAAAAGACGGUUGAAGAAACUUCAUCGGAUUUACCUAAUGUGAACAUUGAUUGGCGGCAAACAUCUAAUUCUGUUACAUUCUUUUAUCAAGGUAUACGCGACUAUCCGGGAAUAUAUUACCAAUUGCAAAGGUUGAGUGACUCGAAAAUCAUCUUUAGGCUAACUUUUGAAAAACAUAUUAUUAUCCAUGAACUUGAAUUAAUCGCAGAUGUGGAAUGGCCGCCAAUGUAUAAAAGAGAUUUCGAUACAAUGCAGGUAGACUUUACGUUUACAAAGAGGCUCAAAGAUAUUUGGAAAUCUCAGGGAAAUCAUACAUUGUCGCGAGAAUCAAUCACAAACAAACGCACGUAUAGAGAGUACGAAGUACUUAGUAACACAUCCCUUGGCAAACUAGUUAAUUUGUUAGUUUUACGCGCGAAAGAUUUUUUAGCACUCAUUCCCAUUGGUAGACACAUAGAAGUUAAAAUGAAUGUAAUGGGAAUGGAAAUAUCAAGGUCAUAUACGCCUGUCCCACCGUGCCUUCAUCCUGAAGAUAUGGCGCCAAAUUAUAAGCCUGAUUGCAUUUGCUUGAUGAUAAAACGAUAUCCAAAUGGCGCACUUAGUCCGUCCAUCACCAAAUUACAACCUGGCCAAACCCUUAUAAUGAGCAAUGGUUUAGGUGCCUUUGUAAGUGAAUCUUUUGAUCGGUAUCCUAUUAUUCACAUGCUGGCAGGUGGAACGGGUUUAACCGUGAUGUUAGGAAUAAUUCAGCGAGCUUUAGCGAGGCGCAGUGUAAAAUUAAUCAAUCUUCUAAAUUUCAACAAGGAUGAAGACAAUAUGUUUUAUGUGGCGCAGCUUGACAGAGUGUCCGCAGAGAAGAAGUUCAAAGUUACACAUAUCCUUUCACAAGCAGGAGAUAAAUGGAAAGGUAGACGCGGUAUUGUAUCCGAUGAAUUAUUGAAAGAAUUGAUUGGCGAGUGUUCAUCAGAGGGAUGCAUACUUACGUGUGGACCAAAAGGAUUUAUGCUAUCUGUGAAAAAGUGUAUUCAGACACUUGGUUGGAAAUCUCAUCAAAUAUACGAUUUCGACGACUAGUUGUCUGCGCUGAAAGUAUACGUGCCAUAUAUACAUAUAUGUUUCCUUUCCUUUCCGAGAGUCUUCUAGAGAGCCUAAUAAGAUAUAAAACUUGUACCUGUCAAAUCGCAGUUUAGUAUAUAUUAGUACAGAUGUUUCGUGACAGCUGUAUGAACUGUCAUUGAUGUAUCUAUCAUCAAGGCGUAUUUUUCUGGAAUUAUGAAGGUUUUGAAGUACUUUUACUCCCAUCUCCGCCCAUAACGAUAAAUUCUUAGCUGCGAUAAAUUGUAAUACUAUCCUUAAAGUAGAUAUUUACAUGUAAUUUUGCAAUCGAAUAAUAUGACAGCCUGAAAAUAGAAGCGAACUUAUGCUAUUUAGAUAGAAAAACGACGUAUGCCUCAUAACAUAUGAAAGAUUUGUUCUAUAUGUUUAAUUGAAAACAUUCUAUUACAAAACUUAAUAUCUGUUAUAGAGCAAAUGUUCAUUUAAAAACUGUCUUUGAAUGCAGACUAUCAUGUAAUAGUAAAGCUGCUAUAUAUAAUUUCAAUUCUAUAUAUUUAUUAGAUAUUGAACUCACAAUGAAUAAUAUACAUUUUUUCUGUUUAAGAAUUUUAAAUAUGCAUAGUAAAUAAUGCACAAUUUAUGCAGGUAAUAAAAGUGCAGUAAAAACGCGUAAUCAAAAUGAGUAAUUUUGUAUACAUAAUUCUUUAGUUAUAAAUGUAGAAUGUAUGCUUCUUUAUAGGAUGUGAUAUUUUUAAUGAAUAUCUUGAAUUUGUUCGUAAAUUUAACGUAUGUUAUUAACAUCUUAUUUUUAUGUAAAUAAAUUAAGAUCAGAGAAUUGUUUUUUGAUGAAAGACAACAAAAUGCUGUGCAUUUAUACACAUAAAUAUGUAUACCAAUAUUGCAUGAAAAUAAAUGCAUAGAUUGACUGAAA